AUGCCACUCCUAAAGUCAACAUACCCGCACACAAUCAACGCGCUUCGCGGCCCCACGGCCGGGCGCACCUUCCUCCUCUUCUACUCGAACAUUGUCAAUGGGCAGAUGUGGUGUCCUGACUGCCGGGACGUCGAGGGGAUCGUGGAGGAUGCGUUUGAUGCCGAUGACAAGCCUACUUGCGCUAUCAUUUGGGUCGAGCGCGACGAGUGGAAGAAGCCCAACGGUGCCGAGCGCGUGCAGUGGAACCUUACCGGCCUGCCCACCAUCAUCCGCUUCGAGGGCGGCAACGAGACCGCCCGCCUCGUCGAGGGUGAGAUGCUCGACAAUUCCCGCUGGCGCGCCUUCCUGGACGGCAAGUAG